ACGCUCUCUCUCCUCACCAUUUUUGCUCCUGCCGAGAGCUCGCCAAGCUCCGAAAGGCGCAAGUUUUCUUGCCAUGGGGAAGAACACAUGCAAGCUCUGCUCCCGCCGCUUCGCCAGUCCCCGCGCCCUCGCCGGGCACAUGCGCUCUCAUUACAUGGCCGCAGCUAAGGAGACGGCGGCGACGGCGACGGCGGCGGCGGCGGCGGCCGCAGCAGCGGCGAAGCAGCAGAUCUCUUCGGCAUCAUCCGCGUCGACCUCCAUCGCCGCCGCCGACGAGGAAGUCGGCUUGAUGAUGACCGCUUCCACCAACGGGCUCCGGGAGAAUCCGAAGCGCAGCCUUGGCGUGGCGGAUGUCGGUUUCUCGGAUCGCGAGAGCGAGACCGAGUCGACCCCGCCGCAGGCCAAGCGCGUGAACGCCGCCGGCAUCUGGGGCGAACCCGAGGCGUCGAGCUCGCUGUCAGAGGUCGCAACGCCGGAGGACGUGGCGCUAUCCCUCAUGAUGCUCUCUCGUGACUCGUGGCCGUCGGGUGUACUCGCCGAGAAGGACGGCUCCGACGACAGAAGCGACGACGGCUACGCGCCGCCCGCCCCACCCCGGCGGGCCCCGGCGCCGGUGGUGGAGAAGCGGACGCAGUUCCAGUGCGUCGCGUGCAAGAAGGUCUUCCGCUCCUACCAGGCGCUUGGCGGACACCGCGCCAGCAACGUGCGCGGCGGCAGAGGCGGCUGCUGCGCGCCUCCCGUGGCUCCUCCGGCCCCACCCCCGCAGCCCCAGCCGCCGCUGUCGCCAUUGCCGGAGCACCGUGACGGAGGCGAGGACGAGGACAUGAACGCCAAGCAGCAGCCGCGCGAGUGCCCCCACUGCGGCCGCGUGUUCUCGGGGCAGGCUCUCGGGGAGCACAUGCGGUUCCAUGUGUGCGCCUCGUCGCCGCUUGCCGGCACCGGCACCGGCACCGCCACCGCCUCCACCACCUCAGCCGCCACUCCUGCGUCCCCGACCAACAGUCCCUCCAUGAUCGAUCUGAACGUGGCGCCGCAGUCCGAGGAGGUGGAGCACUCUGCCGUGUCAGAUCCCCGCUUCAAUCCAGGUGCCUGAAGCUGAAGCAGGCAGAUCAGCGCCGAUAAAGGUAAAAAAAAAUAAUCAAGAAAACAGAUUUGAAGCUAAGAAGCAUCUUUUGUAGGUUAUAAAUGUAGCUUCCUUAAGUUUUCCAAUUCCAUUGAUCAGUGAUUACAAUGUUCUGCCGUUGCUGUUAAUUUCGUUUUCUGUUCGAAGCGACUGGAUUAUAUGGAAUACAUAUAUUAUAUAGAUUGUUAGUACGAGCAGCUGGCAAAGCUGGCUCCGGUUCUUG